GGCGCUGGUUACGCUGAUAUUGUCAAAGAGAACAAACUUUUUGAACACUACUACAAGGAGCAGGGCCUGGUACCUGAUGUAGAGUUUGAGCAGUUUAUGGCAGCAAUGAGGGAGCCACUGCCAGCAACUAUCCGCAUCACUGGAUACAAGAGCCACGCCAAAGAGAUCCUCCACUGUUUGAAGGAAAAAUACUUCAAAGAAAUCCAGAAUUUGGAGAUCGACGGCCAGAUGAUUGAAGCUCCACAGCCUUUGAGCUGGUAUCCGGAUGAGCAGGCCUGGCACACCAACAUGAGCAGGAAGAUUAUUCGAAAGUCUCCCCUGUUGGAGAAAUUCCACCAGUUUCUGGUCAGCGAGACCGAGUCUGGUAACAUCAGCCGACAAGAAGCUGUGAGUAUGAUCCCUCCUCUGCUGCUGAAGAUUGAGCCCCAGCACAAGAUUCUGGACAUGUGUGCAGCUCCAGGAUCAAAGACGGCCCAGCUGAUUGAGAUGCUUCACGCUGAUAUGGAAGUGCCAUUUCCAGAGGGCUUUGUAAUUGCCAACGAUGUGGAUAACAAGCGCUGCUAUCUGCUGGUGCACCAGGCCAAGCGUCUCAACAGCCCCUGCAUCAUGGUGGUCAACCACGACGCCUCCUGCCUCCCCACGCUGCAGAUCGACAGAGACGGCAAGAAGGACAUCCUCUUCUACGACCGCAUCCUGUGUGACGUGCCCUGCAGCGGAGAUGGAACCAUGAGGAAGAACAUAGACGUGUGGAAAAAAUGGACCACUAAUAACAGCUUGCACCUCCACGGGCUGCAGCUCCGUAUCGCAGUCCGCGGCAUCGAACAGCUGGCUGUGGGUGGGAGGUUGGUCUACUCCACCUGCUCCCUCAACCCCAUAGAGGAUGAAGCUGUUAUAGCAGCACUGCUGGAGAAGAGCGAAGGGGCACUGGAGUUGGCCGAUUGCUCUGCUGAUCUUCCAGGGCUGAAGUGGAUGCCAGGAGUCACUUCAUGGAAGUUGAUGACCAAAGAAGGCCAGUGGUAUUCGGACUGGUCUGAGGUUCCUACCAGUCGACACACACAGAUCCGCCCAACCAUGUUUCCUCCUAAAGACCCAGAGAAACUGGUCAGCAUGCAUCUGGAUAGAUGCAUGAGGAUUUUGCCACAUCACCAGAACACUGGUGGUUUUUUUGUGGCCGUGUUGGAGAAGAAAGCCCCGAUGCCCUGGAACAUAAGACACCCCAAGCUCAGAAAAGAUGCCUCAUCCAGCUUGGCAGCCUUGGCUGACGGCUCUCCCGGGGCUGUGACCCCCGCAGACACUCCCCGUCUCCCUCUGAGUGCAGCAGGAGAGGAGGAGGAGGGAGGAGCAGAGGCUAAAACAGAGGAGGAGGGACCCAAAGGAACUGCUUCAGCUGCUCCAGAGACCGCCGCUAGAGCAGAUGGAGUUUGUGGGCCUCCGCCGACUAAAAAGAUGAGGCUCUUUGGUUAUAAAGAAGACCCCUUUGUGUUUCUAACCGAAGACGACCCCAUCUUCACCUCGAUACAGACCUUCUACAACCUUUCUCCGGACUUCCCCAAGCUCAAUGUUCUGACCCGGACUCAUGAGGGCAAGAAGAGAAACUUGUACAUGGUGUCCAAAGAGCUUCGCAAUGUGCUGCUCAACAACAGCGAGCGCCUGAAGGUCAUCAACACCGGGGUAAAGGUGUGGUCUCGCAACAGUGAGGGCGAGCAGUUUGGCUGUGCCUUCAGAUUGGCUCAGGAGGGUAUUUACACGCUUCAGCCUUACAUUCGCUCCAGAAUAAUCACAGUGGGCGUGGAGGAUGUCAAAGUGCUGCUGACCCAGGAGAACCCCUUCCUCAGCAAGCUCCAGGACAGCGCACAUCUUCAAGCGAAGAAAAUAGGAAUGGGCAGCAUUGUGUUGAAGUACAAUCCCAACCCAGAUAACCCAGCAGAGCCACAGUGCGCCAUCCAGCUGUGCGGCUGGAGGGGGAAGACCUCGAUCCGAGCGUUCGUCCCGUGCAAUGAGAGGUUCCAUUACCUCCGGAUGCUUGGCGUGGAGGUCUUCAGAGACAAACAGGGAGCGGGGCAGAAAAGGAUGGAUGCCGAGAAGGCAGGAAAGGAAGAGGCGGAUGACGAGGAAGGAGGAGGCGAGGAAGAAGGAGCCCCUGAAAAAGAGGCUGAACCGGACUUUGAGAACGGUGAUAAGAAUGAAUCAUCAGAACCAAAGACGAGCAGCUGAAACAGGACUUAAAAAAAA